UGCUUGUGCUCUCUCUCUCUCUUUCUCUCUCUCUCAAAUAAAUACAUUAAAAUCUUAAAAAAAAGAAGCAGCAGAUAUUCCAUCAGGGGAAUAGGACAAUAUACAAUAAACCAUGGAAAAUCAAUGAUAUGAAGUGUUAACAGGUAAAAAGUUAUGACAACGAAAAGCAGCAAAUAAAGAGGGUGAGAAGUGCCAGAUCUCAGGGAAGGCCUCCAGAGGGUCAUGUGUGAGCCAAGAUACAAAGGAAGCAAUGGAGGGGCCAAUCAAAUAUCUAGGAAAAGAGUUUCCAGGCAGAACAAACAGUAAGUCCAAAGGUCCUGGGGCAGGAGACUGUAUGGGAGUUUUCGAGCCCCAGCAAGGAGGCCACUGUGACUGGAGAUUGGUCAGGGAAGCAAUGGGAAGCCAGAUCCCAUAGGACCUUGUUGGCCAUGAUGUGGACUGUCUCUUGGAUUCCAGAAAGGGCUGGGAAGGAGUCUGAGCCAAAUAAGGGCCUAGUGUGACUUGGGGGCCAAAUGUGAACAGGCUAUGGGGUGUGAAUGUGGAAGCAGGGCAAUCUGUGAGGUUGUGGUGACUGCACUGGUCUAGGCGAGAGAUGAUGGUAGCUCAUGCCAGCCCAGUGAAUGUGAAGGUGGUGGGCAACGGGCAGAUUCUGAAGCUGGAGCCAAUGGGACUUGCCAGGGGCCCGGGUCACCCUGAGGCUUUGGGCCAGAGUCAUCCGUCAGGAUUAGCUGGGUCAGAGGGAGCAUGGUAGGAGCCAUCCCAGCUGGCCUGGCCAUGGGGCAGGUGCUGUGACAGGACCCUGGGCACACUGGGGAUGCAGAAGAGGAGGCCCUGCCCCUGGAGGAAGUGGCAGGCUGCUGUGGAAGCAGGUGUAGCCAAGGCGAGGCCCAUGCUGCCGAACCCCCAGGCAUGCCAGCCCCCAGAAGCUCUGGGGACAGGCUGAGAGAGCUGGAAAGGGUAGGUAUGGGUGCCUCUGGCCCAAGAGAGCUCCCUUUGGGGCAGGGGCCACGGGCUGAGGUAUGAGGGGGCCAGCCCUCUCGGGACAGGGAGCACCCUGGCAGAGGUGUCAGCGUGCCCAGGCCACAUCUGCCACCACCCCCAAUCCCAGUCUCCCACUGACCUGAGACGGGGCUCUGGGCCUCUGCUUCUCCCCAGACUUUCCCUGACCACGGGUGUGAGCCCCACUGGGGCUGUGGGGAAUUAUUAGGCUGGGGUGGGGGUGGAGGGAAUGGAAAGAGGAAGUACUGAAGGGGCUGUUUGCCAUCUGCCUAUGCAAAUGGUCUCUGAGUCAGCGCCCCCCCCCAACCCUUUCUCUCUGGGCCUGGUGGGGGCGAGGGAGGGGGAUGCUGGUUUUUUUCUUAAUUCUCACUUCCUCUGUUCUCUGAGCUGAUGAGGGAAGGGGCUGUGAGUGCCAAGCAUCCUUUCCUGCAGCUGCUGCCUAGUCUGCAGGCCAGACCUUCUGGAGAAGCCCCUGCUCCCUGUCAUGGGCCCCUGCUCUGGUGCCCUGCACCCCCUGUCUCUCCUGGUGCAGGCUGCCAUGCUGGCUAUGGUCCUGGCCCCAGGUGCCCUGCCUCCCUUCCUACCCUGUGAGCUCCAGCCCCACGGCCUGGUGGAUUGUAAAUGGCUCUUCCUCAAGUCUGUGCCCCGCUUCUCGGCGACCGCGCCCUGUGGGAACAUCACCAGCCUCUGGCUGCACUCCAACCGCAUCCACCACCUUCACGACUCCGACUUUGUCCAGCUGUCUGGCCUGCGGCGUCUCAACCUGAAGUGGAACUGCCCCCCGGCCGGCCUCAGCCCCAUGCACUUCCCCUGCCACAUGACCAUCGAGCCCAACACCUUCCUGGCCGUGCCCACCCUGGAGGAACUGAACCUCAGUUACAACGGCAUUAGCACCGUGCCCGCCCUGCCCAGCUCCCUCACGUCCCUGGUCCUGAGCCGCACCAACAUCCUGACACUGGACCCCGCCAGCCUCGCGGGCCUGCAUGCCCUGCGCCACCUCUACUUGGACGGCAACUGCUACUACAAGAACCCCUGCCAGGAGGCCUUGCAGGUGGCCCCAGGCGCCCUCCUCGGCCUGAGCAACCUCACACACCUGUCGCUCAAGUACAACAACCUGACCGUGGUGCCUCGCCACCUGCCCCCCAGCCUGGAGUCCCUGCUCCUGUCCUACAACCACAUCGUCACCCUGGUCCCCGAUGACCUGGCCAAUCUGACUGCCCUGCGUGUGCUGGACAUAGGCGGGAACUGUCGCCGCUGCGACCAUGCCCGUAAUCCCUGCAGGGAGUGCCCCAGGGGGUUCCCCAAGCUGCACCGCGACACCUUCCGCCAUCUGAACCACCUCGAAGGCCUGGUGUUGAAGGACAGCUCCCUCCACAGCCUGGACCCCAGGUGGUUCCGUGGCCUGGGCAACCUCCUGAAAUUGGACCUGAGCGAGAACUUCCUGUAUGACUGCAUCACCAAGACCAAGGCCUUCCACAGCCUGGGCCGGCUGCGCAAACUCAACCUGUCCUUCAACUACCACAAGAAGGUGUCCUUUGCCCAACUGCGCCUGGCGCCCUCCUUCGGGAGCCUGCGGUCCCUGUGGAAGCUGGACAUGCACGGCAUCUUCUUCCGCUCGCUCAGCGAGACCACGCUCCGGCCGCUGGCCCACCUGCAGGUGCUCCAGCACCUGCGCCUGCAGCUCAACUUCAUCAGCCAGGCCCAGCUCAGCAUCUUUGGGGCCUUCCCAGGCCUGCGCUACGUGGACCUGUCUGACAACCGCAUCAGUGGGGCCGCGGAGCCACCGGCGGGGCAGGUGGGCGGGGUGGAGCGAGGCCGGCGGCUGCCAGGGGACCUGGCUCCGGGUCCGCGGGGCCCACGGGGCCCCCCGAGCUCUGAGGACUUCAUGCUGAGCUGCAAGCAGUUCCCCUUUACCUUGGACCUGUCACGGAACAACGUGGUCACAGUCCAGUCGGAGAUGUUCACCCAGCUCUCACGCCUGCAGUGCCUGUGCCUGAGUCACAACAGCAUCUCGCAGGCGGUCAAUGGCUCCCAGUUCACGCCGCUCACCAGCCUGCGAAUGCUGGACUUGUCCCAUAACAAGCUGGACCUGUACCACGGCGGCUCCUUCACGGAGCUGCCGCGGCUCAAGGCCCUGGACCUCAGCUACAACAGCCAGCCCUUCAGCAUGCGCGGCGUGGGCCACAACCUCAGCUUCGUGGCACAGCUGCCGACCCUGCGCUACCUCAGCCUGGCGCACAAUGACAUCCACAGCCGCGUGUCCCAGCAGCUGCGUAGCGCCUCGCUGCAGGCCCUGGACUUCAGCGGCAACGCCCUGAGCCAGAUGUGGGCUGAGGGGGACCUCUACCUCCGCUUCUUCCAAGGCCUGAGGAACCUGGUCCGGCUGGACCUGUCCCAGAAUCGCCUGCACAUCCUUCUACCCCGCAACCUGGCCCACCUGCCCAGAAGCCUGCAGCUGCUGCGUCUCCGCGACAAUUACCUGGCUUUCUUCAACUGGAGCAGCCUGGCCCUCCUCCCUAGGCUGGAAGCCCUGGACCUGGCGGGGAACCAGCUGAAGGCGCUGAGCAAUGGCACCUUGCCUAACGGCACCCUGCUGCAGAGGCUGGACCUCAGCGGCAACAGCAUCGGCUUCGUGGACCCCGGCUUCUUCGCCCUGGCCGAGGGGCUGCGAGAGAUCAACCUCAGUGCCAACGCCCUCAAGACGGUGGAGCCCUCCUGGUUUGGCCCUGUGGCCGGCGCCCUGAAAGUCCUGGACGUGACCGCCAACCCCUUGCACUGUGCCUGUGGGGCGGCCUUCGUGGACUUCUUGCUGGAGGUCCAGGCCGCCGUGCCUGGCCUGCCCAGCCAUGUGCGCUGUGGCAGCCCCAGCCAGCUGCAGGGCCGCAGCAUUUUCGCUCAGGACCUGCGCCUCUGCCUGGACGAGGCCCUCUCCUGGGACUGUUUCGGCCUCUCACUGCUGACCGUAGCCCUGAGCCUGGCUGUGCCCAUGCUCCACCACAUGUGUGGCUGGGACCUCUGGUACUGCUUCCACCUGGGCCUGGCCUGGCUGCCGCGGCGUGGGCGGCAGCGGGGGGCCGACGCUCUGCCCUACGAUGCCUUCGUGGUGUUUGACAAGGCGCAGAGCUCGGUGGCCGACUGGGUGUACAACGAGCUGCGGGUCCAGCUGGAGGAGCGCCGUGGGCGCCGGGCGCUGCGCCUGUGUCUGGAGGAGCGCGACUGGCUGCCUGGCAAGACGCUCUUCGAGAACUUGUGGACCUCGGUGUACAGCAGCCGCAAGACGCUCUUCGUUCUGGCCCACACGGACAGCGUCAGCGGCCUCUUGCGCGCCAGCUUCCUGCUGGCUCAGCAGCGCCUGCUGGAGGACCGCAAGGACGUCGUGGUGCUGGUGAUCCUGUGCCCCGAUGCCCACCGCUCCCGCUAUGUGCGGCUGCGCCAGCGCCUCUGCCGCCAGAGCGUCCUCCUCUGGCCCCAGCAACCUCGCGGCCAGCGCAGCUUCUGGGCCCAGCUGGGCACGGCCCUGACCAGGGACAACCGCCACUUCUAUAACCGGAACUUCUGCCGCGGCCCUACGACGGCCGAAUAGCCCGGGGACAGCCCAGCGUGCCACCCCACCUCCACCUGGCCUGUCUGCCCCACACCACUGCUCUGCCUCCCCCGCUCCCGUCCCUGGCAUACAGCAGGCACUCAAUAAAUGCUACUGGUAGGCCAG